CACAACAAGUGUGUUGAAAAUGGCAGAUCAACAGAAGAAUCAUCAGAAGAGAAGUACCAGUUUGGCUGUAGUGAUGGUUUUGUGACAAAAUAAGUUUAUGUAUUGCAGACAUUUGCAGAUACCUCUGUUAUAGCGAGGCCUGGUCUGAUUAGUUUCAAUUAAUUGGUCCAAAUGACAUGGGAAUUUGUAGCAGAAGGCACUUUCUACUGACGAUAUGCAUCCUUCAGCUUAUCACAGUAAUGGAGCGGCAGGUGUUCGACUUCCUUGGAUUUAUGUGGGCACCGAUACUGGUCAAUUUCUUCAACAUCAUAUUUGUAAUCCUAGGAUUCUUUGGGGCCUUUCAAUACAGGCCUAAGUACAUUAUUUCGUAUUGCGUUUGGAACGCAUUAUGGCUUGGCUGGAACAUAUUUUUAAUCUGUUUUUAUCUGAGCAUUGGAAUUUUGAAUAAGGAUAGUGACAUCCUCAACCUAGGAACUGGUAGUUUCUCAUGGUGGCAGAUCAAUGGCCCUGGGUGUAAAGCAACCUAUGGUAUAACGGAGCCAGAAUUAUUCAGGCCAACCAAACCCAGCAAUGUUACCGGCUGCAUCUUGGAUUAUGAAGUCAUAGAAGUCAUUCACGCUGGCACCCAGUGCUUGUUGGCGUUUAUGGCAACUGUCGGUGGGAUUUGCUUAAGCCGAAUUUUCCUUGAAGAAGAUGACAGCUUUGACUUUGUUGGAGGUGGUGACUUUGGGUUGGCUGGCCACACGCCGUUACAUCCCAUGUACGUCAGCUAUUCGGCUCUUCCCCUGCCACCCUUCAAUUCUAACACAAAAAGUUUGAACUCUAAUAUUAAUUACUCAUCAGGCAUUACUAAAUCGCAACAAUCGCUAAGCCGGGAUGACAAUAGCACAAAAAAUAGUGAUAAACUUUCCUACAAUACCUCGUCGUGCGGUAGAAAGUCCUUGUCUAGAAAUAACGAUGCAUUAAGUACCAAGAGCAGCGUAUCGGGGAGGAACAAUGAGAGAAAAAAUGCGGGAUUAAAUAUUGACCAUUCCAAUGAUUAUUCAAACCCUUUAGACCACUUGUAUAGAUCCAUAUCUCCCUAUGACGAGUAUGAUUCUUUAGACGGACCAAACAGAACUCGAUAUCAGAAAACUGUUCAUUGCUAUUCGCGUUCUGCAAAAUAUAGUCCAGUCGUAUCCCCAAAGUUGAGACCCUCGCGUCCCCCAUCGAAUAAGCAAAACAGAAAUUCAUACAAGCCUCGCGUGUUCACUGACCAUGUACGAGUGCAGCCUCUCAGAUCCUUCUACUCUGAUCCAAGGCUUGUGGUUGAGGCAAACGAUAGUAUUAAAAUUCAAAGCAGAAUAGGCAAGGCCAGGAAAGAUAGUCGACCAAUAUCAUUACACGGCAAUAAUUUUUAAACUGAAUUCAAAUGUAGAUACAUCGAUCGAUACUCCGUUCUACUCCUUUUUCUACUCCGUUCUCCUCCUCAAAGUUCAAACUCGAUGGAUUAAAAUCAACAUUAGAAGGAACAAACUAACAUUAAAAAUUUUCACAGCAUUUUGGCUCGGUAUUCAUUUCAUAUAUGUAUGCGUAGUGGUAGAUAAGAGCGCGAUUAAUCAAUUCUUACGCUUGCCACGUAGUUAGGAUAAAAGAAAACUAUGAUUUAGCCCAAUAUUUUAGUGCUUUUCCCUGUUUUGCACAAUGAGAGACAUUUCUCAUCUACAGAAUUUCACUCUAGUUGCAAAAAAUCGUAGUUCGGCCGUACUUUGAACGUAGAGUAGAGUUUGAAGAAAUUUUCGUCUGGUCCUCCUUGUAGAAAUUCAGCAGUAUGUACCUAUAUCGCAACACUUUGAUUUGUGAGUUCUAAACAUUAGUACCGUAGACACUGUGUUGCACAAUACAUAUCAUCCAAAAGAAUUGCAGUGGUGCACGAUUGUUUUCGACCUCGUAGCUUUUAAAAUAUUGAUUUAUAGAUACUUCUGUAAAUUAUUCAAGAGUGCCGAAUCCUAUUGAUUAGAAAGUAAUCAGAACCUAGUUGUAAGAAAGUUUGGAAGUGAAAACUACCAAAAAUGAUGGAAAAUUGUUUAUAAAUAACGUUUGAAGGACUUGAACUAUUUAUAUUCGGUAAAUUAUGAUAUUUAUUAUGUUUUCUCGCAAAUCAUUCAAAGGUUUCACAUUUCAAAACAGUGACAAUAGAUUUUACCUGCUAGUUUAAAAACUCACGCAGUAACAAUCUGAUACGAUAGUAAGACAUAAUUUAGCCCGUCUAUAAAUUUGUCAGAAUAAUAAUGCAUUCAUAUACGUGUUACAUUCGGCUGGUGAUUGAACUUUGCCAACGACAUAUAACAUAUAACUAGUCGAGUCAAUUGAUGUCGAAGAAAAGAUUUUCUUUCACCGGUAGAGUAUUGUCAAUGUUAUUAAUAUUCUUCAAAACGAACUCUCAGCUUUGGUCUCAGUGCUUCAUUCUCCGAACGAUUCAUAUUAUGUAUUACCAUUCUUUUAUUAUCUUAUUAUUCCCACACACGUCAUCGAAUAGUUGUUAGAAUUUUUAGUAUUUUCACAAGUCUUAUUUUGGCUGGAUGCAUUUCAGUGCCUGUAGGCAUGUUAAUUAGAAUUUGGUUUUUAUAUUGGUAUCGCAAUUCUGUACUGUUCCUACAGCAUAUACUUAUAUUCCAAUGAUUAUUAAAUGAAAAUAAAUAUUUUAUAGAACAACAACGUA